UUCUACAAGUGUUAUCUGUUAUGUACUUACCUAAAUAUUAAUUUGUCAAUAAUCAUAAUUAAAUUUAUUUACCAAGGCCAUAUCAAAAUAUCAGGAACCAUAUCAAAGCCAGUAAUGCCAUCUAUGUUUACGCACACGAGUUAUAAUGACAGUGCUGUUUUACCGGCCGGCACGUCUUGUCGCGCCGCGCAUGCGUGCCACAGUUGAGGCCAGGGUCAUCGCUUGAUAACCACACCGCGCAGCGUAAAUCUAUUAACUCGCUGGCAUACUAGCGUAUCGUGCGUGUAUAAAAAAAAAUGUGUUUCUUGAAGUAAACAGUGCAAAUAUACAAGUUAUCUUAUACUUAAGAAGAGUGUAAAUAACAAAAGUAAGUAUAUUACUCAUAUAUUUUUUUAUCAGACGUUAUACAUAACCUCCCGUUGACGUUUCUGCGCAUGUGUGAGCCUACGUUAUUGUUUUUUUUUGUAAUUGGUUGUCAUAGAUACAAAUUUUGUCUUCCUGCAUAGAAUAUGGAGAAGAUAACCAUUUUGCUAUUGAUAAUAACUUUUUAUAUAUUUUUCAAUUAAUGAGAUGCAGAUGUAACUUAUUAUUGUAGAUUUUGUGUUUUAAUUUAAUGAUUUAAUAAUAAAAUGAGAAAAAAAACUGGGUUUUAUAAAUUAGUAAAAGGUACAAUUACAAUUAAUUGUUAUAUUAUACUUUUUAGUAAUUUUAUUUAAACUUUUAACAUAAGCAGAUAAGACGUUACCUUACAUUACAUACUCGGAAAGAAAGUAACAACUUAUAAUUAAUAAAAAAACUUAUGUAUAAAAAUAGGGUAUAUCAUUAAACUAAAUUUAAACCGUUUUAUCGCGUGUAUUUUUCAUUUAAUUUUGGAAGGUAGCUAUGCAUAAUUAAAAAAAAAACUAUAUCUUUAGUCUUGUAAACACCUACAUGUAAAAGACACGAACUAUCUGAAAAUAAAAAUAAAAAAAGAAAUUCACACGAUAAAACCGUUUAAAAAUAAUUUUAUUUCAUGAGUAGCGUACGUGAAUAAAUAAGUAUAAUAAAUAAUAAGUGAACGACACCACACAUCAACAUACCCUAUAUUGAUGUGUGGUGUCGAAAAUGAAAUCAAUAAAAAUAUAUUUUUUUAUUUCAGUUUCAAAAUGAAUAUCAAAGCGGCGCUGGCCAUCACCAUGGUCUUCGUGGGAUGUUGCUCGAACGUGGUGUUCCUUGAGAUGGUAGUAAAAGAAGACCCCGGUGCUGGCAACUUAGCCACGUUCCUCCAGUUCGUCUUCAUCGCUUGCGUGUGCUUCUGCACUGUCGGCAAGUUUGGAACAGCACCAAUGAAUAUACCUUUCGAACAGUAUCUUAUACUAGUAGCAUUUUUCUGGAGCAGCAGUUUAGCCAACAACUACGCAUUUAAUUUUAACAUAUCCAUGCCUUUACACAUGAUAUUUCGUGCUGGCUCCUUGAUGGCCAAUAUGGCUAUGGGGGUGUGGAUUCUCAAGAAAAAAUACCCACCGUUGAAAUAUUUAGCCGUUCUCAUGAUUUCAGCUGGUAUAAUUAUUUGCACUAUACAGUCCAGUUCUGAAGUCAAAGCUCCAAGAGAGACUCACGAGGAUGCGACAGAAGAAGAACGACUGAAAUUCAUCGAUUGGCUGUGGUGGUGCUUAGGUAUAGCCAUUUUAACUUUUGCGCUAUUCAUAUCAGCGAGAAUGGGCAUUUUUCAAGAAUCUUUAUACUCCAAAUAUGGAAAGCACCCUUGGGAGGCUUUGUAUUAUACUCAUUUGUUACCAUUAAUAUGUUGGUUGCCGAUGUCAACUAACGUAUAUGAGCACAUAAAAUUGGCGACAGAAACGCCGACUGUGGAAUUUCUAGGCCUGAUUGUGCCUAGGCAAGUGCUAUACCUUAUUUUAUAUGUAGCAACACAGGGUUUAUGUAUUAGUGCUGUUUACGUUUUGACAACAGAAUGUACGUCUUUGACUGUCACUCUAACUGUGACUUUGAGAAAGUUCGUUUCACUUUUGUUUUCAAUAGUUUACUUCAAAAAUCCUUUUACAUUAGGUCAUUGGAUUGGGACUCUUUUAGUAUUCAUAGGUACAAUGAUAUUUACGGAACUACUACAGAAGUUUCUCGCUUUAUUCGUGCGAUCAAAAGAGUCUGAAAAGAAGAAAAUGUAAAAAUAAUUAAAAUUGCUUUGGUUUCAGUGUUUUUUGUUAUGAGUUAUGAUAAUAAACUAUAUCGGAUAAGUAUGAACAAGUGAAUAGAUUGUGAUAUAUGUUGAUAUUGACAUGUUAUUUCUCACAUUAGAUUGAGGUACAGAUGACAAAAUGUACAUUACUGUGUAGGUUGUGGUUGUAAUAAAUAUUGACACUUUAUUCUUAAUGAAAAAUGUUUAAAAAAAUCACAGAUUACUGCUUAAAGAAUCACAGAGUAAUUUGGGGCAAAGAUUUUUAAAGCGUUUCUCAUUAAUAAUAUUUUCCAAUGUAGCGUUGUAGAUGCAAAAAUGAUCAAAUAUAAUUUAAAUCAAUGACACUUUACUAGUUAAAACGAGAUCUUAUGACUGCACCUGAUCUUCGAUGGAGAUAAUAUUAUGUUUGUUUUUUGUAAUAAUUUUAACAGGCUAAGAAUUAAUAUUUAUUUAAUAAGAAUCGACGACAAGCGCCAAUAAUGAUAAUAAUAGAUAUAUAAUGGGAUUAAUAUGAUAAAUUUCACUUAUAAAGUAGUUGUGACACAGAAUGAGUAAUAAAUUGAAUUAUAAUUAAUCGAUUGAAAUUGAAAUGAGAAUAAUACGAUUAUUUAUAAAUAUUAUAAACGGCAUACUAGAUGUUGAUAUCUAUGAAUUAAAAUUACGUAUUUAAUUUAUUGUUAUAUUUUAUUUAGUCAGUUUUAUUCAUAAAAACAGUUUAAUGUUAACGUUUCCUUAUUUAAAGGUCCAUUAUUAAAUACUAUGUGGUUAUGUCGAGUGGGUUAGUUGAUUUAUAGAAGUUUAAUGCAGUUACAUAAAUUAUGAUAUUAAAUUGAAUCAAUAAAUUCGAUAUUGACCUUCAGCUAAGGAUUGAUAUCAAUUUUGAAAUAAGCUUAAUUAUUUUCUGUACAUAUUUUAAACAUGUAUAAAAUUUUUUUUUUCUCAAAUUAAUUUAGGUUGAAUACACAUUUUGAAUAGGUAUUAUAAAAUAACAUGUAAGCCUUUAUAACGAAAUCAUUAUGACUUAGUAAAAUUGAAAGUUGCAUUGUUUUAUGUAUUAAAUUUUUGACGAAAUAAAAUUAUUCUUGGAUUAUUUGUGGUACGAAUUUCAGUGUAGUAGUAAUAAUGGCAUAUCAAUUGAUCUUACUAAUGACGUCCCUUGAAAUGAGUUAUUGAGUAAUCUAUAUGACUGAAAAAAUAUGUUUGCGAGUUUGUGUUUUCAUUUAUGUUAAAAUUCGAAAAGCUUGACGUUUGAUUAAAAUAGAAAAAAGCAAUAAAAUUCUCCUUUGCAGUACAAGUAAUAUUAGUACAAACUAAUUUAUUUAUUUAUAUAGGCACUCAUUAUAACUAACAGACAAAUCAAAGUACAUUUUAAACAGUAAAUGCCUAGACUAUUUGAUAAAUUAAAAACAAAAACGUCGUAACUGUAUACCGCGUGUUGAUAUUCUUACUAUGAUAAGUGUUUUAAUAUAAAGACCUCUAGAUAUUUAGAGGAUCUACGAGUAGGUAUAUAUAUAUAUAUAUAUAUAUAUAUAUAUAUGACUGAAUAUAUAUAUAUAUAUAUAUAUAUAUAUAUAUAUAUAUAUAUAUAUAUAUAUAUAUAUAUAUAUAUAUAUAUAUAUGUAUGCCGCUUCCCUUACGGGGUAGACAGAGAAGACUGAAUGCCAUAAGACACAUUUUCUAUGCACGUCUUUUGCUUCCUUAAAGGUUUUAUUCUUUUUAUUUUAUUAUUCUUUUCGUUUCAUAAUAUUUUCUAUUUAAUAAUUAAUUAAAUAUUAUUUAACUAAUUUUUUCACCAGCGGCUUCGUUCUGUAUUUUACAUAUAAACAUUCCUUCCCUUGCAUCACUCUAUCUGUCUUAAAAUCCGUUGUGUAGUAUAAAAGAUCUCAGCGUACAGACUCAGCGUACAGGCUGAGUGGGAAGCAACUUUGUUUUAUAUUAGGUACCGCUUAAGAGCCGGUGCAUAUCUGCCGGAAGUUGUCCUGCGACUGUUUGGUCACAGGACGUCAGAACUAAGAAACAUAUCACAUUAUAUACAAUCUUGCACACUACGGAUAAUCGGACGCGUAUUAACUCCAUACUUCCGUGGGACGUUUAACGGAUUUUUUAUUAGAAUUACGUCUACCCUAAGGUUAAAUUUUGCCUAUAUCUAGUUAUUUGCGCAAAUUGUUUGUUCCUUUAUUUACUCUGGUUACGUAUACACCGUGCACAAAAGCAGUAAAUUAAAAUUUAUUGUUUGGUAACGUACUACCUAUUUUAUUUAUAGUUCACGCAAUAAAUACCGCUUAAUAAAGUCAUGAUAACGAUAAAUAUUUUAAUGAAUAGGACACGAUAUUAAUGGGAAUGAAUUAUCAAGUGAUUACUCGAGAUAGUACAAGGAAUGACAUUUAGCUAAAGUCAUGCUGACAAAUUAAUUAAGAUUACAAAGUCAAAUAUAAUAUUUGAAUAUCUAAUAGUGCUAUGUUACAAUUGGUAGAUAGAUUUACAAUCUAUCUUUAUGUAAAAAUGUAUAAUUUUAACAGAUAUAAUAUUAAGUAAGUAAUAAAGUUGAAAGUUAAAAAAAAUUACAAAGAAAAUGUCUCCUCUACAAUGAUGUUAUAUUAUUUCAAAAUCAAAUGAUAACUUUGUAGUAACUCGAUAUUUUUUGGGUCAAAUUUUAAAAUGAAAAUUUGUGUUGUAAUUUUUGUAUUUACGAUCUUUUUUACCGAGGUUUUAUUAUGUACAGAGGUCUAUUUUUGACAACCCUAUUAUCCUCGUUGUAAAGAACCGUUAAGAUACUAAACUAUGGUUUAAAAUUAUUCGAGCUGCAGUUAAUAGUAGGCGAUCGUAAAAUAGAAUGUUUUACGACCAGUAUUAUAAGUUUACUGUAAUAUACACAACGACCACGCACUUAUUGUGAAUGUUGCUAGUUUGUUCACCAAUCACAGAACACCGUACUUAAGAUCUACUACACUAUACAUUGAUACAGUAAUUGUUUUUCUUAUCUUAAUUAACUAUUGUAAUCACAAUCUUAGUAAUUUUUCAAUGUGUCGUCUCUAUGAAAUACGGAGAACAAUAUCCCAGCGGUCUUUGCUGAGUUUCUUGCCGGUUUUUCUCAAUACAAGGUAGAAUUAUGAUCCGAUGGUAUAGAUCACAAAUAAAAAAUUGGAAUUAAAAUGUUAUGAAUAUUUGAAGACGAAGUUUGUGCUAAUUUAAUAAUCUCUUUUCUUGCCUUAGGCCGUUACGGUUUAUGUUUGCAUAUAAUAUAAACCGUAACAAAUAAUAUUUAUAAAUCAAUUUAAAAAUAACAAAUAUAAUAAUAUUAAUUAAUUAAUUUGUGUAUUUAGAAAGUGGCUCAAUUUAUCGAAAUCCUAAUUUAUAAAUGUGAUAGGUUAUUAACAUAUUAUAUAAGUAGCUAAAUUGAUAUGAUACUUUUGUCAAUAAUACUUAAACGUUAAAAGAUUCAGUUUUUUUUAUUCUAUUGUUGCUAUAGAUUUAUGUAAUUUAGUAAUUGGGAAAUUUCGGGUCAUACCAAAAAGGGUAUGAUUUCUUACUGGAAAUCUUGACUAUCUUAGAGAAAUUUAUUGUAUGGUAUAUUAGAUUUCAUAAAUAAAUUAUUGUUAAUUUUGUUUUCAAAUGCAUUUCUAUGAUCUUAAACACAUUAUUUGUCCUUUAUAAUUUUGUCAAUUUUCCUGACUGCAAAUUAAAUUAUGUUAACAGUCGUGAUUAUAUAAUUUUGUAAAUAUAAUUAUUGUAUUAUGAAAUCAAUAAAUAAAUUAAUGUUUUCAAUGUACUGUUUCAUUUUUUCGGGAGUUUAACCUCGGUCUAGCUAGUAGGUAAAAUAUAUAAUGGUGUUCAAUAAAGUUAGUUGUAAAGGACAACUAACUUUAUUAUUACACAGUACAUGAGUUGAGCUAUAGAACUGUUUGGUUUUAGCUCGGAGACAGAGGAAUAUUGCUUAUUUUCAUUUUCAGUAAGGUUGUCUAUUAAACAGGGUGUAAACACAGUUAUGUCAAACAGAACUGGGUUUAUUAAAAAAAUAAAAACUUGCAUUUUUUUUUAUUGAUUGUGUGUUAAUAUUAGAUUAAUGUAUUUACUAUUAAUUAAGUUAUACACAAGAUAUAUAAAAAAAUGAAGAAUGAAAAACAUAAUUAAAAAUAUUAGUUAAUUUUUUUUGUCCAUCAGUAUAUUUACAAAAUAAAGAACCUUAUUACAAUAAAGUUAAAUAAAUAUAGAUCCAUUACAAUAAUUAUAAAUUAA